CUCGUUGCCGCGCGGGUGGGGAGCGCCGGGGCCGGGAGGCGGGCACCGGUCGCAGGUCCCUCGGGGCAGGGGAGGCCUGGGCCUGACGCCGGCCACGCAGCGGCGGGAGAGCGAGCACCCAGGCGGCGGCGUCCUGGAGACCCGCGAGAGAUGGAAGCGGCGGCGACGCCGGCGGCGUCCGGGGCGGCUGGGCGCGAGGAGUUAGAUAUGGAUGUAAUGAUGCCCUUGAUAAAUGAACAGAAUUUUGAUGGGACAUCAGAUGAAGAACAUGAGCAAGAGCUUCUGCCUGUUCAGAAGCAUUAUCAACUUGAUGAUCAAGAAGGCAUUUCAUUUGUACAAACUCUUAUGCACCUUCUUAAAGGAAAUAUUGGAACUGGCCUUUUAGGACUUCCAUUGGCAAUAAAAAAUGCAGGAAUAGUGCUUGGACCAAUCAGCCUUGUGUUUAUAGGAAUUAUUUCUGUUCACUGUAUGCACAUAUUGGUACGUUGCAGUCACUUUCUAUGUCUGAGAUUUAAAAAGUCAACAUUAGGUUAUAGUGACACCGUAAGUUUUGCUAUGGAAGUGAGUCCUUGGAGUUCUCUUCAGAAGCAAGCAGCAUGGGGACGGAGUGUGGUUGACUUUUUUCUGGUGAUAACACAGCUGGGAUUCUGUAGUGUUUAUAUUGUCUUCUUAGCUGAAAAUGUGAAACAAGUUCAUGAAGGAUUCCUGGAGAGUAAAGUGUUUAUUUCGAAUAAUACCAAUUCAUCAAAUCCAUGUGAGAGAAGAAGUGUUGACCUAAGGAUAUAUAUGCUUUGCUUUCUUCCAUUUAUAAUUCUUUUGGUCUUCAUUCGUGAACUAAAGAAUCUGUUUGUACUGUCAUUCCUUGCCAACAUUUCCAUGGCCGUCAGUCUUGUGAUAAUUUACCAAUAUGUUGUCAGGAACAUGCCAGAUCCCCACAACCUUCCAAUAGUGGCUGGUUGGAAGAAAUACCCACUCUUUUUUGGUACUGCUGUAUUUGCUUUUGAAGGCAUAGGAGUGGUCCUUCCACUGGAAAACCAAAUGAAAGAAUCAAAACGUUUCCCUCAAGCAUUGAAUAUUGGCAUGGGGAUUGUUACAACUUUGUAUGUAACAUUAGCUACUUUAGGAUAUAUGUGUUUCCGUGAUGAAAUCAAGGGAAGCAUAACUUUAAAUCUUCCCCAAGAUGUAUGGUUAUAUCAAUCAGUGAAAAUUCUGUAUUCCUUUGGCAUUUUUGUGACAUAUUCAAUUCAGUUCUAUGUUCCAGCAGAGAUCAUUAUCCCUGGGAUCACAUCCAAAUUUCAUACUAAAUGGAAAAAAAUCUGUGAAUUUGGGAUAAGAUCCUUCUUGGUUAGUAUUACUUGUGCUGGAGCAAUUCUUAUUCCUCGUUUAGACAUUGUGAUUUCCUUCGUUGGAGCUGUGAGCAGCAGCACAUUGGCCCUGAUCCUACCACCUUUGGUUGAAAUUCUUACAUUUUCUAAGGAACAUUAUAACAUAUGGAUGAUCCUGAAAAAUAUUUCUAUAGCAUUCACUGGAGUUGUUGGUUUCUUACUAGGUACAUAUGUAACUGUUGAAGAAAUUAUUUAUCCCACUCCCACAGUUGUAGCCAGCACUGCACAAAGUCCUUUUCUAAAUUUGAAUUCAACUUGCUUAACAUCUGGUUUGAAAUAGUAAAAGCAGAAUCGUGAGUGUUCUAUUUUUGUCUCAUUUCUGAAAAUUAUCAAAAUAACUAGUAAAAUGCCUUGUCAUAUACUUAAAAAUGGUAACAAACUCCAUUUUCUUUUGGCACACUAUUAAUAUUUUGGAAGUAAUUUUAACUCUUUACCAGUAGUGGUAAACCUAUGACAAAUCCUUGGUUUUAAGUGUUAGCAAUAGUUUCAAAAAAUUAAGUUCUGAAACUUGAAAAAAAAUUAAAGAAUAAAAAUACUUCUAUUAGUCUUUUAUCUCAGUAAGAAAUAACCAGGAUAUUUCUCUUUUAUGCUAUUCUUUUGCCACUAACUUGAGAAGGGAAUAGGAUUUCAACAAUAAAAUAAUAAAAUAAGAACAUAUAUACAACAAGGUCUCUCCACAUCAUCCCCGUGAAUGCCCAAGUAAACUUUAUGUAUAAUGUAAAAAAAAGAAUCUCAGUUAUGGUUUCAUUAGUGAGCCAGAUAAUAAUGAUUAGCUCCUGGAAAUAUAGAAAACUCUCAUUAACAUAAUGUAAGCAUCAGAAAAUUGUAAACAAUAAAUUAAUAUUAUACUCUAUCAAUGAUAGUUGAUCUUCAUAAUCAAGAGGCACUGUUCAAGAACCUGACUUAGUGUUUGAAUGAAAUUUGAAAAGGGACUUUAAAAGUUAUCCAGUGGAACUCCCUUAUUUUUCGUCAGAGGAAAUGGAGGCCCAAAAAAGUUAAGUAACUUGGUCAAGACCACUCAGCCUUGAGAUCAAGAGAACCUAAUCUCUGACUCCCAGGCCAGGAUGUUUUAUUUUUCACAUCAUGUCCAAGAAAAGGAAUAAAUUAUGUUCAGCUUAAUUUUAGUCUUGAAUCUAUUUAAUUAUAUUUUAAUACUUUGAAAGUGAAUGUGCAUUUUUUAAUAGUAUAUGUGACCUGAGCAGAAAAUCAGGGAACUCUUAAGAAGUCUCACCCUGGCUAUAUAAACCGCAGCAAGAGAAAGAAGCUAUGUUAUUUUAAAACAGAGUAGAGACCACUUGCUGUUGAAAAUGUUGGCUAGUAAAAUGUGUGCCCAGCUAUGUUAGUUGUGGCUUGAGCUUUUUUUUUAUUGUUUCAUUCCUUUCCUGGGUUUUGUAGGCACCAUCUUCCCAAGUGGCAGAAAAUAGAUACCUCAAAAAAAUAGAGGAUUUGUGGACUCUUUCCAGCCCUGUGGCUUUUCUUAUCACAACCUUUUAUUUAUUAUGAGCAAAAUAAAAAAAAUCAGCUGGGUGUGGUGGUCCAUGCUUACAAUCCCAGCUACUCUGGAGGAUAAGUUGGGAGGAUCACUUGAGAGGCUAGGAUCGUGAGACCGGCCUGGGCAACAUAGUGAGACCCUAUCUAUAUAAAACAUAAACAUUUUUAAAAAGUUAGCCUGACGUAAUGGUGUGUACCUGUAGUUCCGGCUACUCAGGAGGCUGAAGCAGGAGGAUCCCUUGAGCCCAAGAGUUUGAGGUUGUGGUAAGCUAUGAUCUUGCCACUGCACUCCAGCCUGAGUAACUGAGGGACAUCUCAACUCAUAAAUCUAAAACAAACACACAAAAAUACAAUAAGCAUAAAUCAUAAAGGGAUUCAUGCUUAGAAAAAAAAUCAAGAUAAUAAUAAACUGCCUACUAAAUAUUGAGACACUGUAGGCUUCUUUCAGAGAAAUAAAUUUCAUUAUUCCAGAUUUUUCAAGCCCAAUUACUAACCAAGAUAAAGAAUCUCUCAGUUGUUGGGGAAGAUGAAAACUAUUGAGAAUAGAAUGGUCUCCUGACUUUAAAAAAAUUCAUACUUUAAAACAUGAAGUGUUUACUCAGGCCGGUGAUACUUUAAUUUGCUAGCAUACUAUACUUGAAGAUACCAUCAAGAUCACUAUAGUUUAAAUACUCUAUUUUUAUAUGUAAAUGUUAACUUCAUUCAAAUAAUUCUUGCUUAUAUCAUUAACUGGUCAUCAAAUACAAUCCUGAAGAUAUAUCAGAAGCUUUAUUUUGGUACAAAGUCAUAAGAAUCAAAACUUUUUUAACCAUUCACAUUAGGUAUCACCAGUAAUUGUUUGAGAUACUUUUAUAUCAAAUUUGUUACACUGAACCUUUAGUCAUACUAAGAGAAUGCAGAAGCUAUAGGGAAAUUAAUCUUCACUGAAACUAAUAUUGCAUAAUCUUGAAUUAGAUGUUUAAAAAACUUUAUAGCUUGAUAUAAAAUGAGUUGAAAAUUAUUUAAUAGAAAGCAGCAUUCGGUUUUUUUCACCUGUUUUCAGAUAACAUUUCUAGUCUUUAUGUGUUAUUUUAUUUUUACAUUUUGGCUCGUUUAUUGUCUUUAUGGAGUUUGUCAAAUGCAAUGAAAUUUGAAUAGUUGAUCAUAGCAAUAAAUAAUUUUUAAAUUCAGCACAAAUAUAUCUUGAGUAUAUUGUCAACCAGGCUUCCUUUCCAUAAGAAUUGCUAAAGGAAGCCUGGUUGAUAAUAUCAUUCACUAAAUGAUGAAUACUUUAAAUACAAGAAAAAGUUGAAAUGCAGAAAAGAAGACGGGCUAAAAAGGAAGAAAGUUUUAAUUCUCAACAAGAAACACUAUUUAGAUGGAAAGUGUAAAUGUAUUCUUAUUAAGGGUAUUUAAUGAUACUUUUUUGUGUGAAAAUAACCAGUGGGUAAUUUUUUCUCUGAAAAUUUAGUUUUAAUGAGUUGUAAAAUUUCCUAAAGAUUUUGGAGAUGAUAUUUUGAUUAUACCAGCUCUUCCUUUUAUUUUGGGAGCCUGGAGAAAUGAGUGAUUGCACCUGUCAAAUUUUGUAUCGCAUAGCCUUUGGAUCAUCACAUUGUGACUAAAAUGACUUCAGCAUUUUGUCGGCCAUGACAGUGAAGAACUCUUCACUGAAAGUUAAGCAGUUGCCUGAGAGCCUUUUCUGCUACUGAGGGGGAAAAAAGUAAAGUUUUAUUUACCUCUAAUGAGCUCUGUUCCGACUCAGUUAUCAGUGUUCCUUUAUACCCAAGAGUUUAAUCAGUAUCAGGGUCAACUUGUCAAAGCGCUAGUUCUCAGACAUUUUUUUUGGACGAUCUUCUUUUCCCCACAUAGCCAGAUUUUUUUUUCACAGUUAAGAAAAUAAGAGCUACAGCGUAUUCUUGGUUAAAAACCAGUUUAGACGGUGUUACCAAAUGAAAAAAGUCUGUGUUAGCAAAUGCCACAUUAUAUUUAGUCGUAUUCUUAAAAUGAUUUCUGCCUCUUGCCUAGACAAUGCACUUACAUAUUUACAAGCAUUGUAUGUCAAUGUACAUGUUUUGAAUUUCCUAACAGUGUCUAAUCUUAGCAGUUUCAUAGUAGUUACAUAAAAUCUCUUUAACUGCAAAGUACUAUAAAACAUUUCUUGAAAUAUUAAAGUAUUAUAUUAGUGCCAUUUCUGUAGUAAGACUUGGCAAAGCACAAGUCUUACUAUAGCUUAUGUCUUCUCACAGAUUUGAGUACGGCAUCUGAGUAGUAGAUUUGUUUACUGACAGUAUACACAAAUUAGGUCUUGACCUCACUUCCUUCUUCAUUUGAAAGGGAGAAGAUUUGAAAUAGAGCUAAUGUAAAUAAUAAAUACAUUUAUUUAAAUGACAUCAGUGGCUCAAUACCAUCUGUUAAGGAAUAAAAUAAUUUGGUAAAAAUAUAGAACAUUAAUAAUAUAAAAUAAUGACUUUUUAAAAAAUGAAUCUGAUCUUUUUGGCUCACUAAGCUUUCCCUAAUAAGAAAAUUUGAGAAACUUGGAUCUGAAAAGUAUAGUAAUAUAUUUCCUAACAUUAAAUUCCUGGCUGUAAUAGUUAAUACUUUGCCAGCAUUAUGGUUUGUCAUGUUUAUGCCUCUGGCACUUACUAGGCUAAACUUUGAUUAAUUUUGACCUAUGAGAUAAGGAAACAUGCUUAAGAAAUGGCUAGAAAUGCUAUUUAUUGCCCUAUGAUAAGUGAAAUGGCAGAUCACUCUGAUUCUCAGAAUUUCAUAUUAAAAUUAGCUAGUUCCUACAUGCAUGAGUGCACACACACAAAUCAGUAAUCUAUGUGAAUUGUAUACUAAUACUAAUUUACUAUUUAAAUUGGGUCCAGAAGUUGUUUCGAAAAGAACAUACUAAAAAUACUUCAUUAGAGUUUUCUUUAUAGCAAAUAGGAAAAUACAUGUUUACAUUCUGGAUAAAUUAAGCUGUGGGUUGGUUUUUGUUUUUCAAAUGAUUUUGUUUGAAGAUGAAAUAUCAUUGCAUUCAAGUCAAUUCUUUUAACAAUUUUCUUUAUAACAAUAUGAAAAAAUCUGUCUUAAAGUAACUUUUCUGAAUUUUCAAUAAAAUAUUUUGCAGUUGC